AUGCAGAACAUCAACCGGAUCUUGAUCUCCAACACCACCAUGUCGAUGCUCUGCGUCAUGUUUGGACCCCAAGGUUGGGCAGACUUGCCAGAUGUGCUAUUGUGUUCCAUCAUGGUCCUGUUGGGUUCAAGCCGUGACCUUCUUGCAUUCAUCGCCACCUGCCCCAGUUGGCGUGCCGCGUUCAUGUCAAUGAAGCCUGCCUUAGACAUGAUCUUCCCACCUGUUAUUUUCCGGAAUUGUGCCGACCAAACGAGCCCAGCUGGCUGCAACACUGGAAACACAUGGGAGCUUAUUGAUCUUGCCUAUCCAAGUACUCCAUUGCGUCGGUUGAGCCUCCCAAAUAUUUUGGACACAAUGGAAAUUCUGAAAUGUUCUCAUGGUCAUGCUAUCUUCUCCUCCGGCAGAUCCCAUGUAAUUAUGGACGUGCUCACUGGCACCAUGGUUGCAGCUCCACCUUGCCCAUCCAUUCAGCUCUGCUAUAGAACAUUCGUAUCUCAAGAAGCGUUGCCGGAUUCAUAUCUAUUUGUCAGCAGCCCGCACUGCCUUUACGCUUGGCGAGUUGGGAGCCCCUCAUGGUUGCACUGUGAUUUUUUAAAUGCACAUUUGAUUCAUGAGAUGGUGUCCUUCAAAGGGCGGGUCAUUGCGAGGAUACAGCAAAAGCUGUACAUCGUGCAUUUGGCACCUGAGUUUCAUGUUGAGGUACUAAGAGUUUCUUGUAGCGAUAAUAUAGACCCAUCCAAGCUUUCUCGAAAGUUGGUGGUUUGUGAAGAUAUGCUUCUCCUACUUUGUGGUAAUGAGAAAGCCUUCUCCAUCGACUUCUCGACUAAACCUGCAAAGUACGUGAGGGUGGCAGAUGGAGGCUUGUCGAAGUGGGCAUUCUUCUUCGGCGAGAAACCUAUUGGCCAGCCACGACUGUUGGUGAACCCAGAGAGGAUAGGGUUGAAGGGUGGCCAGGUAUACCAGCUGGAUCAAAAUGGCCGAGUAUUUUCAUACCCAGCAGAUGGCGAACAAGAUGGGGAGUGGGUUCCUGAACCUUGUUUUGUGACGAUCAACGCCCGUUUUGCUCGCAGUACGACAUCCUAUGCAUCUUGGGUAUGA